AUGGAAGCCAUCGGGGCUGCUGCGAAUAUAAUCGCCGUCAUUGAUUUGUCUGCCAAGGUCGCUACACUAUGCCUCCAAUACUAUACCGAGGUUGCGGGGGCCCAAGCCGACAUCACUCGCCUCCAGAGCCAGAUUAACCACCAACUCGAAGACAAGCUUGACCCCAGCAGAGCACGUAAAGCGAUGCGCCGCUUUGGGCUUCGAGCCCUCAAGUGGCCCUUCAGUAGGAAGGAGAUGGAAAGUGUCAUCGCAAACCUGGAACGUUGCGAACAAACUAUCAUGGUCGACCUGCAGGUUGACCAGACGAGGAUCCUUCUCGACAUUAAUGAUAAAAUCGAGGGCAUUUCACCCCAAGUAGCCGACGACUCGCCAAAAGUUCACAAGCCUCAUUUCAUGGUGCCAUUUCCCGCCGAUCCCGAUUUCUUCGAACGGCCCGCAAUCUGGACUUGGCUCACGGAACGAUACGCAGAGCCUGUGAGCCGAAUAGCCCUUGAAAUCCAAAUCGCCAUCCAGUUUGCUUACCAUGUAUACGGGAGUACGAAGGCCAGAUUCGAAGAGUCGUACCGUUCCAUCGCAGACGCGCUUGCGUUACCCCGUCGCCGCGAUCCCGGCGUUAACGUCCUCACGCUCGUCCGCGACUGGUUGCAGAGGGACGAUGUGAGUCCGUGGUUGAUGAGUCUCGAUAACGCAGAUGCCCUCGACAUGUUCUUCUCUAAAGAUGAAGGUGAAGAUGAUACGCAGGUGCUGAUAGCAUCAUGUUUACCGAAAACACACAAUGGAAAGACUCUAGUCACGUCGCGCAGCUUGACCGUCUCGGAGAAAUUGACGGGUAGUCACAAGGCCAUCCUGAGAAUACCUACGAUGGGUAGAUCAGAGGCCCUUGAGCUCUUCCGAAACAAAUUUGAUGGAGAUAUCGACGAAGCCGCCGCUGCGGACCUUGUUUCAACACUUGACUUCAUCCCGCUUGCUGUGAAUCAGUCGGCUGCUUACAUUAACCGACGCGCUCCUCGACUUAGUAUCCGCUCGUAUCUGGUUGAUUUCCAGAAAAGCCAAGAAAAGAGGGGAAGUCUACUUCACAGUGACGCCGGGGAUCUUCGGCGGCAUGAAGAUGUGUCCAAUGCGGUCGUUGUGACCUGGCAGGUGACCUUUGAGCAAAUUCGCCGACAACAACCAGCAGCUGCCAAUUUUCUCUCACUCAUGAGCCUCUUUGAAGCGCAGAACAUCCCUGAAUAUAUGCUACACGGGUACAGCAAUGUUGACUCGGACUGUGGAGAGAGCGACUUUGAAGAUGACCUUGAUGUUCUUCGCGGAUACUCCCUCGUCAAUACGACGACGAAAGGCUUUUGCGAGAUGCAUUCCCUGGUUAAAUUAUGUACGCAAGUCUGGAUUUCGAGUCUAGCUUCAAAGCACUUUCCAUCCGGUGAUUUUGAGACUUGGGAACAAUGUCAAACAUUACUGCCGCAUCUUCAGUCAAUCUUAAAAGAAGAGCCAGUAGAAGAGAGUGAUUGGCUGGAUUGGAGUACGUUGCUUGCAAACACAUCGUGGUAUAUGAUAUUGGCUCAAAACGCUCUCAGAAUGAGAACACGGAUACUGGGCGAGGGGGAUACCGAUACAUUGGCCAGCAUGUGGAAGGAGGCAGAAGAGUUAAAGGUGAAGGUACUAGGGAUCAGCUCAAGGGUGCAGGGCGAAGAGGAUUCCUCAACUUUAGUUAGCAUGCUGAGGGAGGCAGAGGAGCUACAGGCUAAGCAACUAGGAAUCUGCUUAAGGGUGCUGGGUAAAGACCAUGUCUCAAACCUAGGAAGGCUCAACGAAGCAGAGGACAUGGACAACCUCGCGUCCACGUACCGAGUUCAGGGAAGGUUACGGGAGGCAGAAGAGCCGGGCUCGCGGGCCGUGGAACUUCAAAAGAGGGUCCUAGGCGAAGAACACCCUGAAACAUUGACUAGCAUGGCCAACCUAGCCUUCACAUACCGACUUCAGGGAAGGUGGGGGGAGGCAGAGGAGCUACAGAUUAUGGAAUUAGGGAUCACCUCAAGAGUGCUGGGCGAAGAGCAUGUCUCAACCUUAGGAAGGAUGAAGGAAGCAGAAGCACUGAAAUUACAGUCAAUGGAGAGCCUGAAGAGGGUUUUAGGCGACGAGCACCCCGAUAUGGUAAACAGCAUGGCAAAUGUAGCCUACGGGUGGCAUCGCUUAGGUAGACGCGGCGAUGUGAUUACGUUGAUAAAAAAUUGCACGCAAAAGUCAAUCUCAACUCUGAGAUCAUGGCAAGAAUCAUUUGCCCCGGUAUGA